AUGCAUGAAACAUCUAAAGAUCAUAUUCAUAACUAUAUGGGAUUAGUUCGUUUAGAAAAAAACAAAAGUACUAUUGCUGAUGCGUUAAAUGAAGGUGCUCAAGUAACACUACUCUUGGGGAAACAAGAGUUGGCAUUUAGAGGCCAUGAUGAGAGAUCUACUUCCUCAAACCAGGGUAAUUUCCGUGAAGUGUUUAAUUUACUUAUUAAACGGAAUGAUGAAUUACUAUUGCAUUACAAUAAAAUUAGUAAUGUUUUCACUGGACAAUCAAAAACUAUCCAAAAUGAGAUCAUUCAUUGUGUGUAUGAAUAUGUACUAGAUGUGAUUAAAUCAGAAAUUAGUGAUGUUUCUUUUUUUUCUGUUAUAUCAGAUGAUACUACUGAUAUUGUUGAAAAGUCACAAUGUGCAAUAACUCUAAGGUAUGUUAAAAAAACUGGUGAAUUAAAAGAAAGUUUUUUAGGCUUCCGUGAUUUAAUAGCUCAGUGUUAUGAUGGAGCAAGUAUUAUGGCUGGGCAUGUUAACGGCCUUCAACAACUAAUUAGAAAUGAAGCACCACACGCUCUUUUUACUCACUGUUGUGCACACCGGCUGAAUCUUGUUCUACAGCAAGGGAGUUAUUGCAUACCACAAUCCAGAAUAUUUUUUUCCACCCUUUUAGGAAUAUCUGUUUUUUUUAAAAAGUUUCCUAAACGUACAUUUGUUUUAGAUACUGUUAUUGGUAAACGUAUCCCGGUUGCUAAUGAAACUCAAAUAUUUAAUAUAACUGAUACCUUGUAUGCAAUUUUGCAAGUCAAGCAUUUGGAUGUAGUAUAUUGUAUAGAUCAAGUAAACACAUCUAUAAAUAGAAUUAAACUUUUAAGAAGUGUUGAAAGUGCGACAUUUUUGUUGUUUAAUGAAGCUAAAAAAAUUACUAGUCUAAAACAGCCUCGGGGAGUAGUUGAAGUAGAUCUUUUAAAUAAAUAUAGUGUAUUGCAAUAUGAAAUACUGGAUAAUAUAGUCACUCAACUUAAUGAACGUUUUCAAGAUUUAGGUAAGCUCAAAUUUGUAACAUUAGUCGAUUCUUCAAAAUUUAAAUCCUAUCAAACUGCCUUUCCUAAUGAAGGACUUGAAUGUCUAUCUUCCACUUAUAAGGAUGUAUUUGAUUUAGCAUUAUUAAAAAAUGAAUUAUCAGUUGUUUAUUUUGAUUCUCAAUUCCAUGACCUACAUAUUCAACAAUGUGUUAAAUUACUAAAAAAAAUUCAAGAUUCAGGAUUAUUAAUGGAAGUAUAUAAACUAUUUUGCUUGACUUUGACCAUACCUUAUACAAGUGUAUCCGUGGAAAGAAAUUAUUCUUGUCUUAAACGUAUUAAAACGUAUUUAAGAAAUUCUAUGACAGAAGAAAGAUUGUCUUCAUUGGCUACAAUUUCAAUAGAAAAUGAAUUGAUUAACCUUUUGGUGAAGAAUGAUGGACAAUUUUAUGAGAAAAUUAUUGACAAAUUUUCAUUAUUGAAGGAUAUUUUGAAGAAUAGAUUUAAUUUAUAA